AUGGCCCCGCGGGCCACACUCGGCCUGCGGCCCACCAGCUUCCCGAAAACCCGCGCGGGGCGGCGCGGCGGGGCGCGGCGGCUCGCGGGACAUAAAAGGCGAUGCGCUGGCGGUCGAGGGGCCGCACCGCACCGCUUGCCACGUGGCCUCUCUCCGGCACCCUCCACACACCGGCACGGCGGGGCGCGCCGGCUUCCUCGCAGGAUGCGGAUCCUACACGCGCCCUGCUCAAACCACGGCGUCUGGACAGACGCUCAGAAUGUGGGGCGUGUCUCUGAGGGGGAGAGGGCGAUGAGGCAAGCGGGGCGGGGGCGGGGCGGAGGAGGCUGCGGUAAGGCGAGGCGAGUUGCCCACAAGGCCGGUGACGUCACCGCCCGCGACCCACGCUCCCCAGCGCUCUUCCCUCUUCACACGACACGUCAGCCUCCCCCUCCCAUCCCUAACCCUUUGCGGAACACACUGCGCCCUAUGGCCCUUCCUCGGCAGCCCUUUCCUCCCAACGCCACUCAUUACCCUCCGCCAAAGGCAAUUAAUUCGGGUAUCACAUCGGAAAGGGGAGAGACUGACCAGGUGGGCAGCCCUGACCUAAAAGAAGAUGCGGGGCUGCGGUCGCCACGGACGACGCAGUACCGCACUCGUCCCAGGCGCAUAAGCAAGCCUCUCUCGCUGCGGAGGCUGCGCGAGCCGUGGGCUCCCCCCCCCUCCCCCCUUCCAGGCGGCGGGGCGGCGGCGGCGGCGGCGGCGCCGGCGCGCCUGGGGUUAGAGUGGAUGCCCAUAAAAGGUGGCGUAGGUCACGCCGCGCCCGGCGGCGCACGCGACGGCGACGGCAGCGCCACAGCGGGGGACAACUGCAUCGUUGAAUUACCUUCCGCCGCUCUGGAAUGA